AGCAGGUGCCUGCAACAUGUUAGUGGAGACGUGUACCCACUCAAACUGAUGCAUGGACAUAGAUCUUCUUCUGUACCGCUUGCAGAGAAAAUGGUGGCCGUUGUGCACACCCUGCUCACCUCACGACAGCAUGUUCAAUCUGAUGAGCAACUGCUGCACUUGGUUCUCCAAAAUCCAAGAGCCAAUCAGGCGAGUGACCAUUCUUGUGGUUGGUCUUGACAAAGCAGGAAAGACGUCUUCCAUUCGAGGGCUGCUCAGAGUGCCCCACGCUGUGGAAGGUGGCCCCACCCAGGGCUGUGUAAGGAAUGAGCUGAGAGUGGAAAACUACCUGGUCACUCUGCUGGAUGUUGGGGGGUCAGCUGAGUCGCAGGGGGCCUGGAGGGAUUACUACGGAGAAGCACACGGGAUCAUCUUUGUGGUUGACUCCUGUGACCGAGCCAGGAUGAAGGAGGCCAAAGACAUCCUUGCUGACCUGCUCAGGCAACCUAGAAUUGCAGGGAAACCCAUCCUAGUCUUGGCCAACAAACAAGACAAAAUGAACGCCCUCCUGGGAAGUGAGCUGAUCGAGAUGCUUUCUUUGGAGAAGCUGGUCAACCAGAGCCGCUCCCUGUGCCAUAUAGAGCCUUGUUCAGCCUUAAUGGACCUACGGCGGUGGUCAGACAGAAAGACACUACGUGGUCUUCGUUGGCUGCUGCGAGCCAUCUGUCUGGAUUACCCGGAGCUGUGCACCCGUGUGGCCCAGGACAGCAAGAGGCCUCUGGAGCCCCGAGAAAGGAAGGGCAAAGCAGAGAGAAUGCGGAGCAAAAACAAGAGUGAACGAAUGCGAGCCAGCAAGUCUGACCUCCGCCAGGCUCAUAGGCCUAAGGACAAAGAAAAGACGACCAAAGGGGAAGGAAAGCUGCAGCCCAUUCGAAACAUACUACAAAAGGAGAGCACAAUGAAGAAGCAGCUGAAGAAGUCCACCAGGAGGAAGAGAAGCUUGGCUAAAGCCGAUGAAGAAAAACAAGCUGAAGCAGCAGGCGGUAAGCAGGACAAAGAGGUGGCAAACGAGGGCGAACACGAGCCUGCCGAACAUCCAGACAAAUCCAGCAGCACCCUCACCCCCCCGAAUAAUAAGGGCAGAUGUAAACGCAAGGGUAAGGUGAAGGAGGAGACUCCGGAUGUACCCGACUUGCCUCAUGACCACAAGAAGCCGCUCAGAGCCAAGAGGAAAAAGAAGAAGGUUUCCAAAGUUAAAAGGAGGAACAAGAUCAACACAGAGGGAACGUCAGCAGCUUCCUCUCAGCCUGUUGACCUUUCUGCAACAUUUGAUCUUUACCGAAAAGCCAUACUGGCUCUGAAGGAACGUCAGGAACAGAGUCUGAAGGAACGUCAGGAACAGCGUCUGAAGGAACGUCAGGAUCAGGGCCAAUGACACAAAAGUCCUAUGGUCGCCAAAAUGGACACUAGAGACAUGUUUGAAUGUUGUACUCAUUAUUGUUGGACACAGGACAUGCCGUCAUAUAGUGAAGGUACAUGUUUAAUUCCUAAUGAUAAUCAGUCUAAAUGAUAUGUAAAAAAGCCACAUUUUUUGUUUUAGGCAGUUUGUAUCUGUAUUUUUUAUGUGUGUCUUUUCUAUAAAACCCUUUCAACAUUUCCCUAUAAUGCACUCAAGUAAAGAGAACAAUUUAAAUUGUACAAUUGUAAUAAACUCGUCUUUUUGACACAAUAAAUGACACACUG